AUGUCUGUGAACAAGUUAAAAAGCAGCGGUCUGCUUAGGCUAGAAAGUAAGAGCGUCGAUAAGACGGACUCGAAUAACAAUCUUGUAAAAAAAAAUACGAAUAUAAAAAUUGUGAGGAAGAAAACAGAUGGACACAUUGAGAGGACCCUGACGGGUACCCUUCCUCCUCAGAAGGAGGGGGACAAGGUGGUGAAGCGCAAGGUACUUAAGAAGGCGCAAGAAGGGGGAGCCACCGUUGUAAUGAAUACAGGCAGCACAGGGAACGAUGGAAACGCUGCUUGCAUGGCGGAAUCAAUCAUGCGCAACGAGGAUGAAAAAAAAAGUUAUGUCGUUCGGAAGACCGCCGCAAAGUUUAGUAUGAGGCCAGGGAAGACGAACCAGGAUGCCCGCAAAGACGUCCUUAGGGAUGAUGACGACGCCAAUGGAGAGGAAAGUCCGAAGGGGAACCUCGACUAUGAUGAUGCUGGCAGUGGUAACGGCAAAGAUUACCAGCAUAAUAAUAACCCUAAUGGCGAUGACGCCUCCCUUCAUGUUUCGAAAAAAAGUGUGAAGAAGAAAAAACCCACUCAGAGGGAGCUAAAGCAAAGCAACCCUUGGGCAAAUGAUGCUAUUCCUGGAACUCAGUUUGAUUAUACAGGCAACCCUAAUGGAAGGAGCGAUAAGCGUGAACAGGUAGAAGACGACUCGGAAAAUGAAAUCCUCAAUUCUAUUAUCAGCAAAAAUGAAGAGUCCGUCUUACCAGAACCACCCAAGGAGGUGAAAAAAAAAACAAAAAAAAUUAUUGUCCGGAAAAAAAUACCCAUAAGUGAGAAAUUAAAAAGUGCAGAGAAGGGUAACGAGCCCCCUGGGGUGCAAACCACUUCUGGUGGACGGACACCUCGCGGCACCACAACGAUCAUCACCAACAGUAGCAGUGGUGGGAAGAACAAUAGCCAAGCGAACGAAUGCUGCGAACAGAUGGUGAAGGAAAUAAAAAUGAACGAAACGAAAUUCGCAGUCAUGCAACAGACGCACAAAGAACAAAUGAACACCAUGGUAGAAGAAAACAAAAAAGAAAAAAACAAGCUAAACACAUACAUACAAAAUUUAAACGAAGAAAUGCACAACAUAAAUAAUAAGCUCUGUGAUGAAAUGAAGGAAAAAAAUACACUUAAGGAAAGUUAUGAAAAUUUACAAAGUGACAAAUUAGAGUUGGAAGAAAAAAUUAACAUGUUAAAAAGACAAGUAGAAGAAUUAAACGAAAUGUCUACCCUCCUGAAUGAAAAGGUUGCCACUCUGGAAGAGGAAAAUCAAAUGUUAGUGGAUAGGGAUCAACAACAUGAGCUAAAGGUUGAGGAACUGCAAAGUGAGAAAAUGAAAAUGGAAAAAAAAAUGGAUGAACAGAAUCUUCUAAUCAAAAAGAAGGACGAACUUAUAAACAAGUACAUGAGUGAAAUAGAAAAUUAUAAAAACGUGUUGAAGAGCAAGGGAGAAAUGAUGAUCCUUGGUAGCUCCACCACCAUCGAUAAAAGCAUGUCAGACAAAAACAGCCAAAAGGAACAGGUAAGCAAACUGAUAAGGGAAAAAAAGGAACUCAUUUAUGCUUUUAAAAAACAGCUAGAUUUGAUAAUAAUCCUCAAAAAGCAAAUAAGCCUUCUCGAAAACAACAAAAUUGUUACUAUGACUUCUGGCGAGCUUCAGAAGGUGCUUCACGAUUGA